AUGCUGAUGCUGGCUGAGAUGCGGCAGGAGACCAUGUUCCUGACGGCCUCGCCUUCCGGCAGGGACCGCGUAAUCUUAAGGGCACGGAUACCACCUGAAGCUGAUCCUAGCAUUCCGUGGCAUCCACUCAUGAGGAAGGGCAGGCCGCAUGGCCCCAUUAGGCUGCCUGCCUCUUUCGAGGCUCUCCGAUCGCUCCGAGUAUUCAAGGCACCCAGGUUGAAUGCCGAUCAGUUCCCAGAGCGUGUUGUUCAGAAGGGAACCCACUUCUCAGUCGAGGAAGUGGCAUACGAUGGGCAGGUCAGAGGCCAGCCAGUUUUCUUCCUGAAGCCGAAGAGGGUCUUCUACAAGGCCAACAGAAAUCUUCCCGACGAUGGGGAGGACUACGGUGAGGGAGGUUGGCUGUGCGGCGUGGGCACGGAGAAGGGCGCCUGGUUCACGAGGAAGCUGGUGCGGCGGCUGAAGUUUUAG